AUGACUAUAAAAUUAUCGCGUCAAAACUAUGCUUCUUCAUCCACUCAAUCUUGUCCAAUUCGGAACUUUCCAAAUACUGAAGAAUUAGAAACCAUAAUCUCGAAAAUCGUAAAGUUUGAGGAACGUCAGGAAAUUGAGUCAAUGACCUUUCUCUCUUUACACGAUUUAAUUAUCCCAAGCCUUAAACCGAAGCGUGCUGGUCCACCUAGGGCUCAAAAUUGUUUUUUGAUCUUUAGAAAAGACCUGCAGGCAAACAUGAAAUCUCAAACGGACUUGAGGAUGACUUCGAACGGAAUGAUUUUUAGAAAAUAUUUAAGAAAAUAUUUGCAUACCUAUAUGACAUCUACUGAUGAUAAGACUUGUAUGAAAAUAGUUUCGAACACUGCCUUUCGUAUGUGGACGUACGAAAAUGAGAUAAAGCAAGUUUAUAUAAAAGUUUCUAAAAUCGCAAAAGCCGUCCAUGCAUUUAUGUGGCCGGAUUACAAAUAUCAACCUAAUCGUAAAAAACGUUUACAACAUUCUUUUCGUUAUGAUCCAUAUAUUCCUGUACCAUUUUAUAACUCUCAACAAACCCAAAAUUUUUCAUAUCCUAAUAACUUCGUUUCUUUUACUAAUAAGCAUAUUCCCCAUAUACAACAACUCGAUAUAAAUUUAAGCAAAUUAAAUUAUUAUAAUGAUAGAAUUCUUUGUCAAUCUUUAGACAGAUAUGUUAAGAUUUAA